UUUAGACAUCUAAUUUUAUUAUGUUUAUGUCAUAUUUAGACAUCUAAUUUUAUUUUAUGUUUAUGUCAUAUUUAGAUAAUUUCCUAAUGUUUGUUGGGGCCUACCCUAAACUGUUUUAAAUAAAGAGCUCUAUAAAUAAAGAGCUCUAUUUUUAGAGAAAAAGGCAAAAUCGAAUGGAAGAGCGUGUGCUCUUAUUUCUCAAAGGUUCCUCACCUCCUUCUCGCUGUUGAGACUACAGGGUCUUGGGUUGGGUGCCCAGCAGCAGACCCAGAGGCGAGGACUGGGGGGUGUAAAGCAGUGCAGCGAUUCCAGGAAGCAUCAACAGGGGAGUGGGAAGAGACGGAGGGGAGGCAGCCAGUCCAGAUGCAUAAUCAAACAGGUCACGGCUCUGGGCAACUAGGAUUCAGUCCUCCUAGGGAGCUUUGGGAGUUCAGUGUCGGACCCUCCAGAUUUGUUCCCCUGCCAGGGACAGGAGCUGAGAGGUUUAUCCACCACCUCCCAUCAGUCCUGUGUAGAGAGCCACUCCCUCCCAGGGAGCUGCAGGGACUUGCAGUUGGAAUCCAUCUAGCUGAGAACAUGAGAAGGGUGCUACAAUGAAGCCAGAGCUGUACCCACCACCCUGGCAGCUCACCCUAUUGCAACAGUGGUCCAUGGAAGGAUACAGAAAAUCCUAUGUGGCGGCCUUGCAACCCAAACUCAUUCCAGUAGAUCUCUACUGGGGAGGGUCUCCCAGGUCCCACCAAUUCUCCCACAAGGUAACAGCUGAAGACCUAAAAAAAAUAAAACAGCCUGUUAUUUUACCAGCAAAACGGGUUUAUUCAGGAACAGCAAAGAAUUGCAAUUUGGGACAUGCAAUCUAUGGUGAACCACAGGCAAGUCCAGAGAACACGGAGAGGAAUGUUCCUUUAUAGGGGAAAAGAGGUUAGUUGGGAGGGGCCAUUAUAAACACAGAGUCUAUUGGAGGAAACUGGGAGUUCGAAGUGUAGUGCUUUUCAUUGGCUGAGUUACAACAGUCUCUUAUUGGCUAGGCUGUUGCCAGGCAAAGAGAAAUUCCUCCUCCUGCUGGGUAGUAAAAUAGUAACCCUCUUCCUGUUGGAGAUACAAAGGUAUGUCUCUUUCUGUUGAGUCUGCAAUUGACAGCGAGAGUAGAGCUUGAGAGUUCUCCCUUCAGUCCUCCCAACUCCAUCUUAAAUGAGGUUUCUGAGUAUCGUCCUCCGGCUGGUCGUCUUCUGACGUCCCCGGGUCGGCGCGCAGGCUGGGCCGCGAUGCCCGAGGUGAGCACUGACGAGCUGGACGAGCGGCAAGUGCAGCUCUUGGCGGAGAUGUGCAUCCUCAUCGACGAGAACGACCGGAGGAUCGGGGCGGAGACCAAGAAGAACUGCCAUCUGAACGAGAACAUCGAGAGAGGAUUAUUGCAUCGAGCUUUUAGUGUUUUCUUAUUCAACAUUGAAAAUAAGCUCCUGCUUUAGCAGAGAUCAGACGCUAAAAUUACCUUUCCAGGUUGUUUUACGAAUACUUGCUGUAGUCAUCCCUUAAAUAAUCCACUAGAGCUUGAAGAAAACAAUGCAAUUGGAGUAAGGCGAGCAGCACAGAGGCGUUUAAAGGCCGAGUUGGGAAUUCCCAUGGAAGAGGUUCUUCCAGAAGAAAUUAAUUAUCUAACACGAAUUCAUUACAAGGCUCAAUCUGAUGGUAUCUGGGGAGAACAUGAAAUUGAUUACAUUUUGUUUGUGAAGAAGAACGUGACCUUGAAUCCAGAUCCCAAUGAGAUUAAAAGCUAUUGUUACGUAUCAAAGGAAGAACUAGAAGAACUUCUGGAAAAGGCAGCCCAUGGUGAAAUUAAGAUAACUCCGUGGUUUCAAAUUAUUGCCGAGACUUUUCUCUUUAGGUGGUGGGAUAACUUAAAUCAUUUGAAUCAGUUUGUUGACCAUGAGAAAAUACACAGAAUGUAGAUGUGGAGAUGAAUGAUUACUAAAGUACUAAAGAAUUUCUCUACUUAGUAAAUUUAAGAUGAAUUUUUAAAAAACCCGGUUCCCCAUUAGAACUCUCAUUGGAAAUAUUGAUACUUUACAACCAGAAUUUGUGUGGAAGAGUAUUCUUGAUUUGUGUCAUACAACCCAUAUAUGUUAACUGCAAUUUGUUAAAAAUAUUUAUGAGAUUAUUAUAAAAAGAGCAAACAAACAAUUUAACCUAUCUAAACACAUGGUUAUGACAAAUUUGAACAAAUAAAUGAAGUUCUUCAUUUUUUUAUAUAUUGUGAUAAACAUUUUCAGAAGACUUGUAGAGCACUUUGCUGUUUGCCAGGUGCUUGACAUAUCUUUAAAUUUUUAUCAUAGUCCAGAAAAAUAUGCAAUGAAAACUAUUUGCUUAUCUACUUCAAAACAGUUCAAAUUAACUUUUCAGAUUGAGAUUAAUAUAGACCAGAUUCAAGGGAAUUAAAUGGUAUAUAUCCUGAUUUCUGUCAUUGUUAAUUUUGUGUUUUAAUCAUUCUGGAAGUAUUUUGAUACUUAAAGUCAAACAUUGUUUUUGGUAAUGACAUUGGCUAGGUUAAGUCAUUUAAGUAAUCGUUGCUGAUUAGCAAAGUCUGUGGUUUUCAGAGUUACUGGGAACAGACAGGCUAUUUGUAAAAUGGAACUUGGGUCAGUUGGGUCAUACUCUACAACAGGGUAUUUUAACCUUGGCACUGCUGAUGUUUGGGUUGGAUAAUUCUUUUGGGGGCUCAUCCUUUGUGUUGUAGGAUUUAGCAACAUCCCCAGGUUCUACAUAAAAAAUUGCUGUUGGCACCCCUCCCCCCAUGGCAGCCCCAGUGACACCAGAUGCCAAAUGUCUCCUCGAGGACAGCGUCACCCACAGUUGAGAACCACUGUUCUGCUGAGUCAGGCCGUGUUGUAGGGGGAAAAUUAUCAAAAAGAAAGGCUAACGUUCAUGUUAAGUACAUUUGGGUUAUGGAAUAUGUGUGUAUUCAUAUUUAAAGUACACUUUGACUAAUGUACUUCUUUAAACUCUUGCCAUAGACUUCUCAGAUUUGAAAUCUUAAGACAGCUUUAUUAUCUUUGAAUGCUGUGUAUUAGUAAGUAAUGAAGAAAAAGAUAAAAAUUUGUUUCUUACAAAGCUAAAUGUUUUAUAAAUUCAAUAGAAAAAUCCAUUUGUUAACCCUGAACAGUUAAUUUCAGGCAAGACUGUGUAGCUAAUAGUAACUUUAUUGAAAAAUAAAA